CCUGCUUAGCGCAACACAGCUGGUGGCGUAGAAGUGGCGGCUGGUCUCUUGGAAAAAGAAGAUGGAAGCUGGGAGCAUGGAAACAAUAGCUACUAAUCCUCCUGGAGGGUCAAAUGGCUUAGAAGAACCUAAGAAAAUGACAAGGGAAGACUGGAGAAAGAAGAAGGAAUUGGAAGAACAGCGAAAACUGGGCAAUGCACCAGCUGAAGUGGAUGAAGAGGGAAAAGACAUCAACCCUCAUAUUCCUCAGUACAUUUCCUCAGUGCCAUGGUAUAUAGAUCCUUCAAAAAGGCCUACAUUAAAACAUCAGAGACCUCAGCCGGAGAAGCAACAAGAAUUUACAUUUCUAGGGGAAUGGUAUAAGCGAGGAGUCAAAGAGGAUUCUGUUUCAACUAAAUACCGCAAGGGAGCCUGUGAAAAUUGUGGAGCACUGACACACAAGAAGAAAGAUUGUCUGGAGAGACCUAGAAAAGUUGGAGCAAAAUUCACAGGAACUAACAUUGCACCAGAUGAGCACAUGCAGCCUCAGCUGAUGUUUGACUAUGAUGGAAAAAGAGACCGUUGGAACGGCUACAAUCCAGAAGAGCACAUGAAGAUUGUAGAAGAAUAUGCCAAGGUUGAUCUAGCUAAACGCACACUGAAAGCGCAGAAACUGCAGGAGGAGCUGGCUUCAGGAAAACUGACGGAGCAAGUGAACUCCCCACGACAUCGAUGGGGAGAAGAGGAACCAAAUUCACAAACGGAAAGAGAUCAUAACAGUGAAGAUGAAGAUGAAGACAAAUAUGCAGAUGACAUUGAUAUGCCUGGACAGAAUUUUGACUCCAAAAGGCGCAUUACAGUCCGAAACCUGCGUAUUCGGGAGGAUAUUGCUAAAUACUUGCGGAAUUUAGACCCCAAUUCUGCAUACUACGAUCCCAAAACCAGAGCAAUGAGAGAGAAUCCGUAUGCCAAUGCAGGAAAGAAUCCAGAUGAGGUCAGUUACGCAGGGGACAACUUUGUUCGUUACACGGGGGCUACCAUUUCUAUGGCGCAAACUCAGUUAUUUGCCUGGGAAGCUUAUGAAAAAGGCUCUGAAGUUCAUCUUCAGGCAGAUCCGACAAAGCUCGAACUCUUGUACAAAUCCUUCAAAGUGAAAAAAGAAGACUUUAAGGAGCAGCAGAAAGAAGGCAUCCUAGAGAAGUAUGGAGGACAAGAACAUCUAGACGCCCCACCACCUGAAUUACUGCUCGCUCAGACAGAAGAUUAUGUGGAAUACUCUAGACAUGGCACAGUUAUUAAAGGCCAAGAGAAGGCUGUUGCUCGCUCAAAAUAUGAGGAAGACGUAACGGUCAACAAUCAUACUUGUAUUUGGGGCUCCUAUUGGAAAGAAGGCAAAUGGGGAUAUAAAUGCUGCUACUCGUUUGUCAAGUAUUCAUAUUGCACUGGAGAAGCUGGAAAAGAAAUUGCUAAUGCUGAUGAAGAGUUGCCCAAUGAUGCACUUGAGGAAGAGUAUAUGACCAAACCCAAAACUCUAGUGGAGAUGCAUCAAGAAAAACAAAAAGAGGAAAAGAAGAAGAAAAAGAAAAAGCAUAAGAAGAGCACAAGCUCUGAUAGUGAGGGAGAAGACAGGAAGAAACAGGAAAAAUUGAAAAAGGCACUAAAUGCAGAGGAAGCCCGUCUCCUCCACGUGAAAGAAAUCAUGCAGUUGGAUGAGAGAAAGAGGCCGUAUAACAGCAUGUAUGAAAGUCGGGAACCAACAGAGGAAGAAAUGGAGGCUUAUCGAAUGAAGCGCCAGCGACCAGAUGAUCCUAUGGCCUCUUUCCUGGGGCAGUAAGAAAGAACUUGCAAGCCCACAGGACUUGGAUGUUGUGCUUAGACUUGGUGACCAAGCGGACAAAUUGCUGCCAGUUUCCUGUUUAUAGAGCUGUAUGUAGCAGUAAUAUUUGGUCUGAGGGGA